AUGGCGUUACAACAACAAACGGCUUCCCAGGCGUCCCACUAUGACAUCGUUAUUGUCGGAGCUGGCCCUGUCGGCUUGAUGCUUUCCACAUGCCUCGCCCGCUGGGGUUAUAAAAUCAAGCACAUCGAUAACCGCCCGGAGCCGACGGCCACAGGCCGCGCUGAUGGCAUCCAGCCACGAUCGCUCGAUUUGCUCCGUAACAUGGGCCUUAAGUCAGCUAUCAUGGCACACAAGCCUGCUCGUGUCUUUGAGGUUGCAUUCUGGGACCCCUCUGAUACUUCAUCCGGUAUCCAGAGGACGGGCACCUGGGCUUCGUGCCCUGACUUCGUCGAUGCGCGCUACCCAUUCACUACAUUGCUUCACCAGGGCCACAUUGAACAAGUUUUUCUUUCGGACCUCGAAAAGAACGGCGUCGAGGUACAACGUCCGUGGACUAUCACUGGCUUUCAGUCGGACGAGUCUCAAAGUCCUGAACACCCUGUCACGGUGCAGCUUGAGCAUGUGGAUGGCAACGUCAAGGAGCAAAUACAUGCCAAGUAUCUUUUCGGUGGCGAAGGCUCCAGGUCGUUUGUCCGUCAGCAGUUGAAUAUUGGUAUUCGUCACAAGGAUCCAAUUUCCCAUGUUUGGGGUGUCAUGGAUGGUGUUGUGCAAACAAACUUUCCCGACAUCAAGAUGAAAUGCACCAUCCAUAGCCAUCAUGGAUCGAUCAUGGUGAUUCCUCGCGAAGAUAACAUGGUGCGCUUGUAUAUCCAAAUUGCAUCGUCCACGGAUCCGGAUUGGAACCCUCGCAAAACAGCCACCGCAGAACAGGUCCAAGAAUCUGCCAAGAAGAUUUUCCAACCCUACUCGAUUACAUGGGAGCGAGUGGAGUGGUACUCAGUAUAUCCCAUUGGACAGGGCCUGUCUGAUCGCUAUUCUCUAGACCAACGUGUCUUUCUUGGCGGCGACGCCUGCCAUACCCAUAGCCCCAAAGCUGGCCAGGGCAUGAAUACGGCUUUCUUGGAUGCACAGAACUUAGCUUGGAAGAUACAUGCCGUGGAGGCUGGCUUCGCUACGCGCGAUAUUCUCAAGACAUAUGAGGUGGAACGUCGUAGUGUUGCUGAAGCUCUGCUAGACUUUGACAACCGCUAUGCAAAGCUGUUCUCACAACGACCUCCAGAACAAGACGACGUCGAGGCGGCAUCAAAAUCUCAUACUGCAGAUGAAAUGACUGAUAGCGAAUUCAUCAAGACAUUCAAGGAAUCUUGCGAAUUCACGAGCGGAUACGGCGUCUCUUAUGGGCCCAACGAGCUCAAUUGGUCGUCGAAGCAUGUGGCUCAGUCACCAUUGAUCCAUCCUACCGGAACAACGCUUACGACAGGCCGCAUUUUCAAGAACUCUGACGUGACGAGAGUUUCUGACGCGAACGUUGUUCAUCUUGAACAGGAGGUGCCGUGGAAUGGAUCUUUUCGGUUAUUUCUCUUUGCCGGCAACCCUGGCAAAACUGCGACUGCUGUUGCUGAUUUCGCCCACUACAUGCAAGAUACCCGCUCCUUCUACGCCAGCUAUCUGCGAGAAGACAUUGACGAUGUGUCGCAUCAUGAGAGACAUAAUCCUCACAGCAAAUUCUUCACCAUCUGCACUAUCCUCGCCGCUAAACGCCACCACAUCGAGAUCGAGAAACACCUUCCUCCGCUCUUGGCACGAUACCGAGAUCAUGUAUACGCCGAUGACCGGUGGGAUCGACAUUUUCCAAACGCUGAUGCCACAGCGCAUGCUCGUAUGGGCCUAGACCCAGAAGAUGGCGGUGUCGUCGUUGUUCGACCCGAUGGUUAUGUCGCCAUUGUCGUGCGCCUAGUUGAGGGCAGCGGUACGGUGGAAGCUCUCAACGAUUAUUUCUCAGCAUUUUGUACCAAGAAGAUGGGUGGCCUCACGGCGCACUUGGGCCAGGAGAUCUUGACUUCACCGCGUUGGAGUUUCGUUUUUCUAGGCAUGAUAGGAAACAUUCGGUCGGCACUCGGUGAUGCCGUUGGAAAGCUUUUUCGCCAUGAUCAUGCCGCCGCGCAUACCCGGGAAAAGGACCCCAUGGCGAAGCGCCUCAAACUCAGCGCAGCACCAGUGGCUCGCGACGGAGACGGCUGCACGGAAGUCAAGGCAGGAUUUCUCCAUGAAGUCUCGGACCUAAAGUCAAGUGAGGUCAAGAACUCGUCGCCCGCCGGCGAUGCGAGUCUGGGCAGCCACUCUCUACCCUCGCCACCUCCGUCACCAAAGAAGCGCGAGCCGGUCAAUCAUGACGAUCGCAUUGAUGCCAUCCUUGAUGAGAAGCAGCCAUGGUCGCUCGAGCUCAAUACCGCCAAGGCAAAAGUUCUCGAGGCACAACGCAAACCGCAAGUCUCAGAUGAGGACAUCACCCGCGAGGUUAUACCGAAGACGGAGUGGCUUAACGACGAAAUUGUCAACGGAGUUUUGUCCUGGCUGGACCAGGCAGUCAACCACAUUGGCGGCGUCGACGACCCGAAGACCCAGACGAGAAAAUGCCUCGUCAUGACAUCAUUUUACUAUAAGCAGAUAAAAACGGCCUGCAAAAACACACAAAGGACGUUGAAACGAAAGGGGGUCACAAAGGAUAAUUUGCUCAGUGUCAACACUAUCUUGCUGCCAAUCUGCGAACAUUCGCAUUGGACGUUGAUGGUCAUCAACCCGUCGAAAAAGACGGUCGCCCACAUCGAUUCAUUAAAUCCUCGUGGGACUAGGUCGGUGACGGAACUUGCUCUGAUGUGGAUGAAGGACGCGUUGGACGACAAGUUUGUGGCUACGGAGUGGAAAACGAUUACGUAUAAUCACCCCGCGCAGACAAAUGGAUACGACUGUGGUGUGCAUACGAUAUGCAACGCAAUAUGCGUUGCUGUUGGUGUCGAUCCGUCCGUGGCGUACAAGGCUACGGACAUGCCUGCACUGCGAGUGCAAAUGUCGGCGGUGCUGGUGAAUGGUGGAUUCACUGGAGAGCUGGAUCUUUUGGGAUUCUAG